UCGCAAUGGCUGCUUAUCAGGGAUAAAUACACACCAUUCACCUUAACUGUUAAAUUCUGUAAAGCUGCUUUGAGACAAUGUCUAUUGUGAAAAGCGCUAUAGAAAUAAACUUGACUUGAUCAGGAAGGAAAUCGGGGUUCAAGCAACAGUAACGCCACGCCCUUGAACAAGUUCUUAUAUCUGCUUCAGAUCGUGGUUGACCCUGUGUUCUUAUCUCCUAACAAUCUGGGACGGCACGUUGCUGUAAUAUAUUUAUAGAACAGAAAUAAAUGCUGUUACUAUGAUAUGGUCAAAAGCAUCUAUCCAAAACGCAGGGCAUGUGGCACGCAUAUGGCAUGUGAUCUACAAACAAAGUUUAUUAUUAUAAGUUAUUAACUAAUAUAUUAAGUUAUAUAAGUCACAAGUUUAUUAGUAGUCAUGGUCCAAAUGUGUGUUCAUUUGGAGAAUACGCACACAGCCGAGGUUAAGAUCCGUGCAGAUACCUUUUCAUUGGCCAAACACAUGACAUCGAUACCAGCGGAUUGUCUUUCUCGAUCCUGCAGCUCGUCCAGUUCAACAGCAUUUAUUCCGCACGCGCGUGAGUCAUUCAUGGUGCGUUAAGCCAACAUCUGUCAGAGGUAACAUGUCUUCAACUUCCAGCUAACUUAGUGUUCCUCACGAGAACAUGCGGCGCUAAGAGCAAACCUUUUUUCAGAGAGCUGAUGGAAGAGGAACCGUACAACGCGGAGUGUCCGGUCUGCUUUGAAAGCUUUUCAGACGCGGCUCGCACCUUGAGCUGUGGACACGCGUUCUGUCACGACUGCCUGGUCGGGACCUUUGUUGGCUCGAACGGGGACGGAGUUAUUACCAGAGACACGAUCAUAUGUCCUGUGUGCAGACAUGUCACUUUCGUUACCAAACUGCAGGCGCUCGGCGGCGAGAAGCAAAAACAUGAGAAGAUAUUGGAGGUGCCGCUGAGGUUUGUCGCGCGCUCCGGGUCUGUUUCGAGGUCUGGUGGACUGGGACACUGUUUGAGAUGGAUUUCGUUCAGUCGCCAGAGGCUGGUGUGUCCUAAAGACUCCUUGCAGGUGUUCAUCAUAAGCGAUCUGGGACGCCCUUUGGCCGAGGAAGACAUUAUUGAUAUUGGGACAAGUGUGGUGAUUCGGGAGAGCAGCACUGAUCAUGAUCGUUCUCUGUGCACAACAUCACACUGCCUGCUUUUUCUGCUUAUCAUUUUCACUUUAAUGGCUUUGAUAGCCGCAACACUGCCCUGGAUCUUUCUGGCCUAAGGAUUAUUGCAUUAUGAAGAACUUUUUUUUAUUAUUCUUUUAUGGUGGCAUGUCUGCUGUGAGAGUUCAACAGAUGAUUAUUGCAUAAUCUUUGCUCAAGCAUUUGUUUUAUCGUUUAUUGACACCAAUAUUUCCUGGUGCUGUGCCAGCAUUAAAGAACACGGAGCGAAUUUGAAUAUUUCAAGUUAUUUAAUUUUUGUUCCAUUUGCAUUAUUUUUAUUUUCCAUUUUGUAACUCAAUUGGACGCAAUGGGCUGCUUUGUCACCAAAGAACUGUUGAUCCUAAGCUGAUGAGCUGUGCUGAGUCCUCCACCAUUGCUACUAAAUUAUUUAUCUGAAAAAGGAACAAUAUAAGAAAAAGAAGACAAGCCUGGCAGGCAGGUUGUUGCUUUGUAAGGGGAGAUGUUUAUUGUAUAAAGUCUUUUUUUCAAAUGUAGGAAUUCUGAGAAGGUAUAAGAAGUGUGCCUUGAUACUGCUCGCAUUCCUUUUUUUUUUUUUUUUUUUUUUUGCUUUCAGACACGCCCUUGUUCUUCAAGCCCUUCUUGUCAUACAGGUUGGAAAAUUAAGUUUCCUUCAGGACUUCCAAUGGACUCUUUCUAUGGCAUAUUGCUUUUUAUUUAAGUUUUUAGCAACGUUUACAAAUGCCCUUUAUGGCCACAUAUUUGACAAAACAGCAUCUAUAUUUUAAAUAAAUACAAAAAAAAAAAACAACAACAGUCAGACCAGAAAUAUUAAAAAUGUAGAGUUUAAUAUAGAUAUCUAUAUCUGACAUUCUGAUCAGGAUUGCGGUAGGCUUCACAGUACAGACUGUGUUGUUCCACUGAUAUGCUAAGCUGAGGGAUAGGAGGGGAGAGGGAGGGGAGUGACAUACAGGCAAAGUUUGUACAGAAGUUGUGAAUGCAGGGGAGAGGCUGUACAAUGGGCACUGCAUUUGUACAUAAAUUCAUGACACUGCUUUAACCAGCUGUUCACACACUUGCUUUUUUUUACCCUCUCCCCUGUUUAGUGAUAACAUUUAAGAGUCUUAAAAGAAAUUGAAGAAACAGGAAUCAUGAAGUAUCUGAAGAGACUAAAUGCAUGCAUUGCAUUGUCACAUCCACAUUCUGCAAUGUCAACCAACAGCUUUUAAGGGGAUUAAACAUAUGAUGGUUAUAUAUGUUAAACAUGUCUUUCUUUUGUCUCUUGUGUUAUGGCAUUUUUAUUUUAUUAAUAGAAGUAAAAUCUAAUUUAACAAA